UCCGCUGGCAAUACCCAACCUACCUGGAGACUGUAAACGCGGGAGUACUUAUGUUCUGUAUCACUUUCACCUUCAGUGAUAUUGGUCUAAAGAACUUUAGCACAGUUUAUACAUGUUGAACUGUUUGUCACCUCGACGAGUAAUCUAUUCGACAUAAAGUUCUUUAAAGACACUAAAACAAUUCAUUAGUACUACACCAUUUUACAAGUAAGUCAUUGACGCACAAUGUUAACCAAAAUAUAUGAAAACUUUGUAUAAUAAUAGAAAGGAAGUUUUAAAAAAGAUGGCUGAAGGCCUUAGAUUGUCCAUUUUACUGGUUUUAUUCGUUUUCAACUGGGCAAAGUCUGAAAAUACAAAAUGUGUGAAUGUGCCAAUGAAACAGAUAAUUUGCCAAUUUGGUACUUCAAAAGAAAUAACUGAACUAAAUCCAUGCCUUUGUACACAUAUAGCAGUUCCAGUGAGUUUAGAAUUAGAAAAAAAUGAUGACACGAAAGCAGAUAUAUCAAAAACUAUUAAAUUCUAUAAAGAAAGCAACAUUAAUCUUAAAUUACUAGCUGCGGUUACCUUAUAUGCGGAAGAUGUUGCAAAAAAACCAAACCAGAUUUGCAAGGAGAUAAUAGACAUACUAGUGAAUUACGAUGGUGUGCAAUUAGAUCUAAAACAAUCCGAUAUAUCAGUUGAUAAAACAUUAAUUGUGCAUUUUUUCAAGGAGUUGACGUCAAAAAUGGAAAGUCAUUAUCGUACAAUUACAAAUAAAAAUAAUGCUGAAGUUGUAAUAAAAUCAAAAGAAAUUCAAUUAGUGCUUCCACCAAAUUCUGUACUAUUAUCGAAGCAAUACGAUCUUAAAAAGUUAUCUAAGAUCGUCGAUUACUUUAUAAUAGCAACGCACAACCUUGUAGAUACGACAGAGCAAAAAUUUACCUAUCAUCCAAGCAGAUUAAUGGGUAGUGAUGAUCUAUUAAAUGCUGAUGCCCUGGUUGAUCUUAUUUUAAGUUUAGGAGUACAUCAUUCUUCAUUACUACUAUCCUUACCAUCAACAGCAAACAAAUUCGUAUUAAAAGAUCCUUUUUUAAAUACACCUCGAUCAUCGACAGUUGGUUUGCCAACAAUUAUAACUCGACAACAAAUGUGUGAAGAAAUGAGGGAAGGAAAUUGGACUAUAGAGAGAGACGAGGAUUUUACAGCUCCAUAUGCUUUUAUGAAUACUACAUGGAUGGCAUUUGAUGAUAGUGUAAGCGCUUCAAUAAAGGGUAAAUAUGUAUUACUAAGAGAUUUAGCUGGGAUAGUAGUUACUGAUGUUGAAGCAUUAGACUGGAAAUCAUCUUGCUCGAAUCAAACAAAAGCUGAACCUUUAACAGAACUCGCAAAAACAUUUACAGAAACGGCAAGAAAGUCUAGAGCUGCCCAAUUUCUAAGUUUACAAGAACAAUUACAAAACCCAGUUGAUCAAGAAUUUUAUUUUAACAAUGAAAUUAGUUAUUCGCCUUAUUACAUUGAACGCGUUGUAAGUAGAGAUGGGGAAGUACAUAUAAUUCGAAAAGACGUAAAAACAGAAUUUGAAUGUUCACGUCAAGGAUAUUUUAGACAUCCUAGUGGUUGUAAUCGAUUUUAUCGUUGUGUGAAAUUCGAUCAACAAUCUAACUAUUUUACUGUUUAUGAAUAUGACUGUCCUGAUGGUUUAGCAUUUGAUGAAAAAGUUGAAGUUUGUGUUUGGCCAGGAUCGCUCUCCGACAGCGGAGCAUGUCAAGGUUCCAGUGAAAUUGCUCCUGUUCCCAGAAAUCAAUUUAUUUGUCCAUCAAUUGAAGGGUAUUAUGCCGAUCCUGAAAAUUGUCGUUGGUUUUUUGCUUGUCUUGACCACGCUAAAGAUGGAAAUACUCCACUUACCGCUUAUGAAUUCAAAUGUCCAUUCGGAUUGGUUUUCGAUGAACAAUCAUUAAACUGUGAUUGGCCAUGGAAAGUGGAAAAAUGCGGAAAUUCUGCGUAUUCCCAAAACUUGGGUUAUGGUGAACAGUCAUAUCAACCUUAUCCACAACAAUUUAGUGGAUUACAAUCAAUAAAUUCAUUUUUACAGUAUAAUCAAAAUUUAAUAAAUCAACAAAAAUUAUCGUAUGGAUCAGUUGACACACAUAUUUCUUCAUACGAACCAAAAUCAUUGUAUGCAAAAAACGAACCUCAGAAUCCAUUUAACACAAAAACAUUGAGUUAUACUCAAUCAUCAGAUAAAUUAACAGGAAGUACUCCAAAUAUUUCACCAUUUUUUUACAGCUCAACCAAAAUUGAUCAGAGUAGCACACCUAGCCCUCAAUUGGUACAUAACAUCGCUAAAAAUUAUGUGACUUUAAAUAAUUUAAAAUCUGGUUUUAUUUCAACACAAAACUAUGAAUCACCCAAUCAAUCCCCUACACCAUUUAAUUUUAUAGAAACAUAUACGGAUAGACCAUCAAAAUAUGCUAGUUCAAUUAGACAAUAUUCAAGUAGUACAUUAAGCCCUACAUUUACUUAUGUUUCAUCCGAUGAGUAUAACCCAACACAAAAAUCUAUUUUACCUUAUAGUACUCCAGAUACGUAUGCUGUUCCAAAUCAACCAACUUUCCGAAUUAAUGAUUAUAAUUCUGAAUUUAGCCGAACACCAGUGCCCGGAACUCUUUAUCAUCAAUCUCAUAAUUUAAAAUCUACACAAUAUGAUUCUACUAAAGCUCCUGGUGUGCUCCUUCAUCAACAAAAUAAUUUCCAAAGCAUUCCAGUUAAUCAAAAUUAUGAUUCUCAUAAAAGUGAUAUACAGUAUCCUCCCUUAAGAGAUUAUGAGUUAUAUUCAACUACUCAAAAACCAGAAAUUAAAAUACAAGAGUCGGGAUACUACACAACUAGUAUACCAAAAAUCUACCCAAGUUCAACCAUACUUAACGAACCUCAUUUUAAUACAGAAAUUAGGAAAGAUAAUAAUUUGGAUAAAAAUUACGAGUAUAUAUUGUCAUCAAAUGAUUUUUAUAAAUACUCUAAAAAUCAAAAACAAUAUUUUUCAACAAGUGCGCCAUAUGUACCUUCAUCAUCAAGCAUUGGUUUGAAUCUCUACGAAAUUUUGUCUACUACACCAAACCCUUUGUCGUAUGAAGAAAAGUUAUACCAGACGCCGGUUAAAUCUUCCUUUAACUUUGAAGAUUAUUUAUCAAAUGUUCCUAGUCAGUCAUACCAGACAGCACCUAUAAUAAAAAAUAAACAUUUACCAUCAUUAAGGGAGCAAGUUUAUUCACAAACUACUCCUAAUUAUUCUACAACGUCAAAACCUAGCAUAAGAUAUUACAGUCUACCUCAAACUUCAGAGACAUAUAAUUUAAUCUUGCCUUAUGUUCAUUCUUCUUCAAAAAUAGAAACAAUAACCCAAAACAGCCCUAGUUAUAGUUCUCCAUCUUACUCGACAACUACAGCUAGACCUAUUAAAUUUGAUAUCACUGAUUAUAAAUUCAAAAACCUUGAAACUAACGAUUAUUCAAAUUACUCUCCGCUGAAUUACAUACCAUCGUCUACUCCCAAUACUUAUACAUCAACAGCAAAGCCAACAGUUAAUUAUUAUACACCUUCGUCAAUUUCUUCAACUGUUGAUGAUGCUUAUAUUAGUGAUCUUAUUUCAAAAUUAUCACAUGACUCAAGCUAUUCAAGUACAGUAAAAACACUUUAUCAAAAUAAAGAUUAUGAACCAAAUUAUUCUUUUAACAUUGAUGAAUAUAUAGCGAAACUAUCGGAAAACAUUGAACAUUCAACGCUUCGGCCAGAGUACUCGAGUGGUACUUAUAAGCCAGAGGUUCAUUCAAAUAGCUAUAUUUCACAAUUAUUACCUACUUCGACAUAUUUCUCAUCAACGGAAAAGCCUAUAGAAUUUAAUGAGCAAACGUAUUCAAUUCUUCCUAUUCAAUCAACAACGUGUAAACCUGGAGCUGCUAUUAAAGUAUCUGCUCCUAAAUUCCAAUAUGUACCUUCAUUGGAAUCUGUAUUCAGUGUAAAACCUAUAACUUAUACACAACAAUCAGAAUCGUUAGGUGGAUUUUCAAGUACAGCUGCCAAUCUUAUAGACAAUUACCACAACAUUCACAAUUCUUUAGAUUCAGCUUAUCGUGCACCAUAUCCCAAGUAUUAUUCGCCACCAGUUGGAAAUACACGUUAUACAACUAAUUACUCUUUGCCAAGAGAAUACGAAAAAGAUGCUGGACAUGUUUUACAUACCGGUUAUCCUUUGUUUCCUUUACAACCAAUCAUUGUGGAACCAGUUAGUGCUGAGUUAAAUGCUGAAUUUGAAAAGUAUUAUAUGGCUGGUAUAAAAAAACAUUUAAAAAGUGAAAAAGAUGGAAAAGUAUUUGCUGAAGGUGAUUCUAACUCUUUAUUAGUUGGUAAAUUGGGAGCUCAAUGUGAUUGCACGAAAAAAAAUAAGCCCAUAAUUGUAACUUCUACUACUAAAACAGUAAUUGAUAAUGAAAAUGAUGAUGACGAAAAAAUAGUAAGCGUUAAAGCAGUAGAAACUAAAUCUACAGUAGUUUUAGAAGAACUUAAAAAAUCUUCGAAAAAUAAAUUAUGUACUCGUCCGGGGUUAUUUAGAGAUCCAAAACAAUGUAACAAAUUCUAUUCAUGUAAUUGGGAUAAAUGGUCCCAAAAAUAUGAAAUAAGUGAAUUUAAAUGUCCAAUUCACCUCGCAUUUGACGAAAAUAUAAGCGCUUGUAAUUGGCCAUCCAAAGGUCCAACUUGCUCACAUGAUACAUUAAUUACAUACACAACAUAAUUAAAUAUUAUUUAAUGUCUUCAAAUAUUCUUUCCAUUCAAAUAAGUUAAAAAUUUAUACUAUUUUAGUUUAAGAAUUUAAUAUUAAAAUUAGGUUACAUUGUUGUGUAUAAAAUAAAAUAACAAUAUAUUUUUAUUAAGUGUAAGAUAACAUUUUUUAAUUAAUUAAAAACAUCAUUUAGGUUUUUUAAAAGAAUUAUUACUAAU